CUUGAAAGUUAAAUUGUACUGCUCACCAGUAACUAAGGAAUUGCUGUUGACUAACUGGAAAUACAAGUUUUGGGAGAAUCACAUUGUUGCAUUGGAAGUUGAAACUCCAACUCAGAUUUCUUUAGUAGAUGAGGCAUCUGGUGAGAAAGAAGAUAUAGAGGUGACACUUCUUCCAGCUGGUCACUGCCCAGGAUCAGUCAUGUUUUUGUUUGAAGGUGGAAAUGGCACCGUGCUGUAUACAGGGGAUUUCAGGCUUGCAAAGGGAGAAGCAGCCAGAAUGGAACUUCUGCAUUCAGGGACCAGAGUAAAAGACAUCCAGAGCGUGUAUUUGGACACCACUUUUUGUGAUCCCAAAUUUUAUCAUAUACCAAGCAGGGAGGAAUGUUUAAAUGGGAUUUUAGAGUUAGUGCGAAGCUGGACUUCACUGACUCGUUAUCAUGUGGUGUGGCUGAACUGCAAAGCUGCUUAUGGAUAUGAAUAUUUAUUUAUAAACCUCAGUGAGGAACUUGGAAUCAAGGUGCACGUGAACAAACUUGAUAUGUUCAGAAACAUGCCAGAAAUCCUGCACCAUAUUACUACAGAUCGACACACUCAGAUCCACGCCUGUCGACACCCUCGGGAUGAUGACUGCUUUCGAGGGAACAGGCUGCCCUGUGGGAUGACGUGCCAAAACGGAACUCCCUUGCACGUAAUCAGCAUCAAACCCUCCACUAUGUGGUUUGGAGAAAGGAUCAAGAAGACCAACGUAAUAGCGAGGACUGGGGAGAGUACCUACAGAGCUUGUUUCUCCUUCCACUCUUCAUACAGUGAGAUUAAGGAUUUCCUGAGCUAUAUCUGUCCUGUGAAUGUGUAUCCCAAUGUACUGCCCGUGGGUGGGACAGAAGACAGUGUUAUAGAAAUAUUAAAGCCAUUAUGCAGGUCGUACAGGAGAAACAUGGAACCCAGGUACAAGCCCUUAGGAACACUGAAGAGAGUCCACAAGAGAGACUUGUCUGAUACAGAUGAAGAUGAUCUCUUUGAUUCAGAAUUAACUUCUGCACGGCCCAAGAUUCCAAAACAGCAGGGAGCAGAGAGCAGGCCCCCCAGCACAGGGCAGUCUGAAGGAAACAUUCCUAGGAGCACAGAAAGUUACAGUGUGACCACACCUUACACCCCGCUCAAGGCAGACUUCAUGGACUGUGAGGAAUCAAAUGAUGAUGAUGACGACGACGAUGAUGAAGUAUCUGAAAAAAAGCCAGUUCAAGUUCCUUCCCAUGAGCCAGAUGGCUCAUCAAAUUUCAAUGGAGUAACUGGUGACUCACAGGAGCCUAAUGCCGACAUCCCUCGCUGGGAUGCAUUUUUUAAGUGUAACAAACUAGAAGAGAGCUCUGAAAAUGAGGACAACUUCCCAUCUUCAGCAGAUGCUGGUGGGUCCCAGUCCCUCUUCAGUGAUUCGGAUGGAGUGAGUGACUCAACACACAUCUCCUCCCAAAAUUCUUCUCAGUCAACACACAUAUCGGAGCAGGGGAGCCAGGGCUGGGAUAGCCAGAUGGACACAGUCCUCCUCACCUCCCAAGAGAGGAGCGCCUUGGACUUGAGCUGCUUCAGCAAAGGUGGGGGCAGAGCAGUCGCUGCUGUGUCGCAGGAGACGGCCAAGGACAGUCCCCCUGACAAGAGCGGGAGGCAGCCACCGGCUCAGAUCAGAUCCUGUGCCUGUGAUGGUGCCUGGGACUCGAGAGGCAGAGGCUGCGAGAGGGACGCAGACACCGGCGCCGCUCAGGUUCCAGACGUGCUGGUGGAAGUAAGUGACAGCUCCAGGACUCCCGAGCUCGAGCUGAGGAAGGACUCCCAGAGCUCCUCUGACUUCGAGAUCCCCUUGACCCCCGGUGCUGAGGUGCCUCAGCCAGACAAACUGCACUCUCUGUACAAGAAGCUAGCAGCAGGUGAGAACAUACUCAGUGAGAAAAAAAGUCUCCCGAAGACAAGUACAACUGAUUAG